AUGGCCAACAUGAGAGGCACUGACAAUCUUAUGGUCACAAUUCAAGGUGGCUACCUCAACAAUGGAGGAAUUGCCUGUAUCGCCUUUUUGUUUGUGGAUGCUCUCAGUCAGCCUGUUCAGAUUGCAGCUCAGGAUAGAUCAGAGAACUCCAGCCUCCCUCUUCAUCCAGAAAACUUUGAAGAGCUGACAAAUGUGGUUAAAGUGGAGGACAUCGAGACGAGCCACGAUCCAGGACAGCUGUACGUGCGUUUUGACAUCUGGGAGCAGGGUAACGUCAGUCCAUUGCAGCUGAGCGAUAAACUGCAGGGGGCACUGCGCCAUGCCCUCUGUGACGUAAUCAUGGAGACAAGAGUUCUGCCACACCCUUUGUGUGUUGGAUCUUCAGUAAGCACAAGUCAGAAGGAAGAGUCCAAAGGGCAAGUGAUUUGUUCAUCUGAGAUGCAAGAAGUAAAGGCCAGCCCCCGACAGUGCAGUGGCCCCAGUGUCUUCGGGAGCAGUCCCUCUCCCAUCAACAUAACCCAAGUUGGUGGUUCUCCUGUGACUGGGACCAGCACCCCCGAAUCAACCACACCCACCAAUAAGAGCACACGCCGAAGCUUCUGGGACAUACUGAGUAAACCAGAUUCAGGUGAGCUGGGCAGCCCAAAGACAACGGAUGACAUCGUGCAGGAAAAGGGAGAUGAGGGGCGAGCGGCUCGACGAAGGCACAAAACAGAGAACGUAAAGCAGCAAUGGAGCCAGGAGAGGGCUGUGGCUGUGGAGCUGGAGCAGGCCCACAGGUGGGUGAUGGAGAAUGAGUGUCAGACUGAAGUGAAGUUUUCUUUCUGA